AAAAGAGGAAAGAUAGUGUGUAUGGGAGAAAAACAGAGGAAAAGAUUGUGUUUGAUUUACAUAUGAACUCUAAUCAAACACCAAGACGAGAAUGAUUGUUGUACGAAGAUUUGAUCCGAUCUCCGAAAGAUUAUAAUAGAGGUUGCGUGAGUGAGAGAAAAAGUGAUCGGACUGGUUUUAGAAAAAAGUGCGAAAGGGAGACGUCUUUCAGGAGCGAUACAGAAAGAGAAAAAGGAAAGAAACGGAAAGAUUUAAAUUCUCCUGUUUUAUCUCCCCGCAAACUCUCCCCUGCUAUUACAUUUCUUUUCUACAAAGAAAAAACCCUAGUCUGUAAUCUCCGUAGCCAUGGCUGAGAAGAACGAGGAAAUAAGCGAAGAGGAGGAGGCAAUGCCAUUGCCGACUCAGGAGCUCCCUGAGGUCCUCGUCGAGGACAUAUUUUUGAGGCUUCCAGUCAAGUCCCUUCUAAGGUUGAGGUGCGUAUGCAAACCCUGGUGUGCUCUUAUAACAAAACCUGCUUUCGUCAAACUGCACCUCAACCGAUCCCUUGAAAACGAUACCAACCGCAGCCUGAUUUGCAGAGGCUCCGCUUUCUACUCUGUCGACUUAGAUGCUUGUGAAUUGCAAGCACCGGUAGAGCUCGAACUUCCGCCGCUGGAGCCGUCGAAGCGUUCAGACUACGGAAUCAAAAUCGGGGGUUCUUGCAACGGACUGCUCUGUAUAUAUAACUCUAUGAAAGACACGUUCCUUUGGAAUCCUUCUACCAGAAGACAUCGGAGGCUACCCUCUUCACCUAUCAACUGUCCAGCCGAACGUGAAAGAUGCCGUUCCGUUAAUUUCGGAUUGGGUUACGAGCCCACCUCUAAAGAUUACAAAGUGGUAAGGAUUGCGCAGUUUCGUAGUGACGUUUAUAGGUUUUAUAGCAGAUCGGAGGUGAAGGUCUACUCACUUAGAAGUAACUCAUGGAGAAAGAUCCGGUACAAGACCAAGGGCUUCCUUCUCAGCAUUGACCGAUCAGGGGUUCUUUCAAAUUCUGCUCUUCAUUGGGUUGCAAUUUGCCAGCAACCUGUUAUAGGUUCCAGUUUUAUCGUUUGCAUUGACCUUAAAGAUGAGAAGUAUCGAGAGCUGCCACUGCCUGACUCUUUGGACACCCGGUUGGUAAAUGUCGGGGUUCGUGGAGAACAACUUUGUGUCCUCUGUCAUUACGCCAUGGAUCGUGUUGAGGUUUGGGUGAUGAAGCAUUACCGCAAGAGGGACUCUUGGGUGAAAGAGUUCUCUAUCAAAGAAUCGGUUAUAGGGUCUUUUAAUGACAUUACACUUGAAUGCUAUUCAAAGAAUGGUGAAUUUAUACUCCUGAUUGAUUUCAAAGCGUUGGUCCUGUAUGAUCCCAGUGGAGGAAGUGCUAGGAGUCUUAGGAAUCAUUGUGCACCCAAUAUGAUUGAAACAAAGAUUUACAUCAGGAGUCUUGUUCCACUCGAUAGCAAGAAGAAACGAAAGAAACGAAGAAGAAAGAGCAGGAAGCAGAGGAUUUAUUCUCAUUCCUUGUUAACUUAUUCGACCUGAAUUCUGGCCACUUCAGGUUGAUGUUGGAUGAGCAAUGUUCGAAGAUGAGGAAGAUGAACUAGAAAACUAAAAAUAGGUACGCGAAGGGCAAAGAGGUGCCUGUUGGUGCAAAGCUGCUGUUGUGUAUAUACUUUCAAUUGUUAAUGCAAAAUGAUUUAUUUAGAACCUCAAUAUAGAGAUAAUGAUAGGAGAGUGUUGUUUUCGUAUAUGUUCUUAAUGUGGUAAAGAGUAUGAAUAUCUGUGUCCUCUAUUUACCUUAAUGCUGUGAAGUAUCUGAUUUGUGAAA